AUGGCCGUUGAGUUUCAAGGUGGUGUGGUCAUUGGAGCUGAUAGUCGCACCACCAUGGGCUCUUACAUUUCCAAUCGUGUUACUGACAAGUUAACUCCAAUUCAUGACAAAAUAUACUGUUGUCGAUCUGGAAGUGCUGCGGAUACACAAUUUAUUGCUGAUCUCGUUCGUUAUUACUUACAAAUGUAUGCAGUUCAGCAUAACGAACCUCCAUCGGUACAAACCGCAGCUGCCUUAUUUCAAGAAUU